GUCUUCCUUUUCUCUUUCAAUUGUGUCUUAUUUUUUCCAAAAAAAAUUGUUUUACCUUUCCAAAAAUGAUUAAAAUGUACUUUAGAGCACGAUAAUUUGUUUAUCGUUAAACUUACUUUGCAUAAUAUUUCAAGUACUCUAUGCAAUUUCUUUCUAGAAAAGAUUACAAAAAGAACUAUUGGCAUUGCAAAAUGAUCCACCUCCAGGAAUGACUCUAAAUGAAAAGAGUGUGCAAAAUUCAAUCACACAGUGGAUUGUAGACAUGGAAGGUGCUCCAGGAACGCUAUAUGAAGGGGAGAAAUUUCAGCUUCUAUUUAAAUUCAGUAGUCGAUAUCCUUUUGAUUCGCCUCAGGUCAUGUUUACUGGUGACAAUAUUCCCGUUCAUCCUCAUGUUUAUAGCAAUGGUCAUAUCUGUUUAUCCAUUCUAACGGAAGACUGGUCUCCGGCGCUCUCGGUGCAGUCCGUUUGUCUUAGCAUUAUUAGCAUGCUUUCCAGCUGCAAAGAAAAGAGGAGACCUCCGGAUAAUUCAUUUUAUGUAAGAACAUGUAACAAGAAUCCAAAGAAAACAAAAUGGUGGUAUCAUGACGACACGUGUUGAUGCCACCGUUUUGUGAUCCUCGUAGCAGAAGAUAGUCCUACUGAGAAAAUGAGCACUUUGAGCAUUCAGUCUUUGAACUUAAACCUUUGACUGGAAGUGACCUAUAGGCAAUGAAGACUACUUCCUUUGACUGCAUUUUUACUAGUGUGCAUUCUGGGCGCAUGUUGAUCGCUGGUUCAGUCCAUGCAACUGACAUGCUUUUCUUAGUCAUACAGUAUUAAUGCAGGUGUCCAGAAAUGUCAGAAUAAUUCCAUUAUUUUUAUUUUAAGCUUUUGGAAGAAUUCCAGGUCUUCAUAUAUUGUGCAAUAACACUGAGCUCCUUGACGGUUUUGGUGCAUCCAUUGCCGGCAAUGGACAUUGUACCAGGGAAAAUUUUUGCUCCUGCCACAAAAAGAUUGCAUGAUAGAGCUUAGGAGAGUUUCAGAUAUAUUUGGUUUAUAAGCAAGGGAUCCACCAUGACCUUAAAAGCCACCCCAUUCUUUUAUAUUUGGAUUCUAUGCACUGUGAUCACAAAAAUAGCAGCAUGACUUAACAUGCUUAGCUGAAGGACUGUAAUAAGAUCAUUGCAUAUUUAUUAGAUUGUUUAUCUGCUGUCAAAUUGUUUUGACAUGGAAGGUUUUCAGGUGACGGUGGCAGAGAGGUACAAUGUUAUCCCUAUGGUGAAAUAAAACUACUUCUUUUGUAUAUAGUUAUUCAUAUCUCUGAAGCAAAGGUAUGAGUAAUUUAGGGUAUGAGUGAUUUAAUCAAGAAUUUAUUUUGGAGAUGAGAGAGGAUGGCAGUGAUAUAACUGAACUUGCUGCAGUCCAUAAUUGGGCUUGUAAUUUGUACUUUAGAGCUUUUUUUCCAAAUAGAUUGCACACUGUUAUUUCCUGCUAGCCAUCAGCAUGAGCCCUAUUGCCUACAUCAAUAUUUCAUUUAUUUAUGUGUUUGAGAGCAACCCAUAUAACAUUUUUUGUUUGCAUUCACGGUUUCUUUUGUUGUUGUAUGUCAUGUUUGAAUGUUACAAAACAAUAUUUUGAUUGAAAAGCUUUGUCAGAAGAUAUUUUCAUGUAAAUUAUUUCUUUACCUUGUAAGCGUCAUCUUGUCUUUUAAUCCUGUACUAUAAAAAAAAAUACAUUUUUGACAGAGGCUUAAUGUUUU